GGAAACGGGUGAACGAAUGCCUUAAUGAAUUGAACCUUUUUGUAUUAAAGAAUAUGUAUUUUCUUUAUUGUUGACCGGAUUGAACAUAUUUUUUUCAAAUAUUUGGAGGUUUUACAAUCUGUGGGAGGGAUGAGAAUGUUGUAUUUUAACUGGUGAAAUCAAUUGGGUGUAUUUCGGAUCAGGCUUUUGAAAUCCCCGUCCCUCCCCAGCUCCAGUUUGACAGAGCAGCUGUUGCUGUACGUCACUCUACCGCAACAGAGACGGGUGUGUAAGCAAGUCCAGAGAGAGAGACGGCAAGUACUGGGUGGAGUUGAAGUUGUUGGAAACACUUUACUUGGGUGAAAAUUAGAACAGCUAACCACUAUUCCAUACAUCUGGAUCCAGAUGACUCAAAUCCAAAGGAUCUGGGGCCAAAGAAUUCAGUUGGGGGCGUUUUUUCCCUCCUGGUUGGACUCGUUCAAACAUGGAGACUCAACAGUCCAAGACUAAAGGAGAAGGCUCUUCAUUUUCCUCACACUUUACACUGCGUUUCAUUUCUUCUCCUCCCUGCUGCGUGUGCAGAGCUGGCUGAAGCCAUAAUGGCUCGCUGUUUCCACCCUUCCUUGAUUGGUCCGGAGGCCUGGGAGGGAUACGUCUUUUCUGACAUGGAGAUCCGUAUCAAGGAGUCCACAGACCUCUAUGGCGCUGUGCUCUGGCCCUCAGCGAUGGUGUUGUGUCAUUUCUUAGAGACCAACCGAGACCAACACAACCUGACGGACAAAAAUGUGAUCGAACUUGGUGCUGGAACUGGGCUUGUCUCCAUCGUGUCCAGCUUGUUGGGUGCAAAGGUGACCUCCACUGACCUGCCGGAUUUGCUGGGGAACCUUCAGUACAACGUCACACGGAACACCAAGGGCCGAUGCAAGUACAUCCCUCUGGUCACGGAGCUGACCUGGGGUCAGGGGGUGGAGCAGCGCUUCCCGCGGGCCACACAUCGUUUCGAUUACAUCCUGGCGGCCGACGUGGUGUACGCCCAUCCCUACCUGGAGGAGCUGAUGGACACGUUUGACCACCUGUGCCAGGAGAACACGCAGAUCCUGUGGGCCAUGCGCUUUCGUCUGGACCGGGAGAACAGCUUCGUCGAGCGCUUUCGGCGGCGCUUCCACCUGGAGGAGCUGUACGACCUGCCGAGUCUGAGCAUCAAGCUGUACCGAGCCUGGAGGAGGGACAAGAUGACUGAGGAUCGGGGAGGGGCCGCCGCCUGAAUGCUUGUUCGCUGUGUUGGUAAUUUCAAGAGCGAGCCAGUAAAAUGUGAUAAUGGUUUUGCUGAUUGGGAAUGUUUGUUUUUUAUGGAUCUCAUGUGCAAAUGUUUAAAUGUCCCAUUUUAUUUACAGUAUUGACAGGUGAAUUUAUCUACUGAGGAGACUCAUUUUUAUUUUACAAACCCCUGACUCCAAAAUGGUCAUUGAAUUCGAUUUGACGAGGGGUCAAGAAAAAGUCUGUUAUUGCUGCUCUGAUCAUUUAAUAAACUGGAAAAUGUACGUUUGGA